ACCUAUAAUGGGCGGCCUGAUACCGUUUGUGCCGAUUCUCAAAUCUGACACUGGGACCUGACAUGACCGAGAACAAAGACAAAGGCAAUGAGGACAGCUCAAGUAGUCGUCUAUCUGUGAUCAAUACUUUAUACUGAUAGGCCGAUAUCGUUGUUGAUGAAUGCAUAAAAGUGGGUAACAUCGAGGAGCUGUUGGCAUUCGAUUACUCUCCUUGGCACUCCAGUGCUCUACUUCAGUCGUUGCCCAAGGUCCCGGGAACGUAACGAAAAAGCAAGGUUCUUCAAGAUGAAGGGUGUCCUGGCUUGCCUCCUCUUACUGACAGCUUUUAGCGUCAUUGACGGCAAAAAAAUCCUCCUUCUGCCGGUCAUGACCUCGAGCCACCUCCUGCAGUUAGGUUCAGUCGGGGAUGGGCUUUUGAAGAAGGGCCAUGAAGUCCACAUGUUGGUCCACUUGGCUCAGAAGGUCCCUAGCAACAUCCUGAAGUGGGGCGUGAAAAUCAUACGAUACAAAACAGACGUAGAUGAAAUAAAGAUGGAAACUGCUGACUUUCAGCUUACGAUGGUUAAUGCGGCUGCGGCCGGCGGCAGUACUUAUUCAAGCGUUCUCAGACUAAUUGAAAACAUAGCAAAAGAGUGCAUCAAGGUUGUUGACAACCCGGACUUGAUAGCAGCGUUAAGAAAAGAGAAAUUCGACUUCGCAGUUGUUGACGGAAGCCCCGUGUCCAAAUGCCUUUUCGUCAUUCCGUAUAGACUGGGAUUGGAAUAUGCAACUGUCACUCCGUUCAUGCCGUUCGAACAGAUAGCGAUGUCCCUCCAAGUUCCGUUUUUGACUCCAAUACAAAUCGACACUACAUUUCCAAUGGUCUCCACAUUCCGUCAGCGUCUGACAGCGACCGCUAUGUGUGGGAUAAUAUCAGCAGUAAUCGCGUGGAACUUUGAUGAAAGCGUAUUCAAAGCUACUUGUGAAAUCCCGUUUGAUUCGUUCCAUGAUUUGAUGAUGAAAACACACGUUUGGCUGAUCGACCUCGACUCUUUGGUGGACGUGCCCAAACACCAGGCCCCAAAUAUGAUCAACGUAGGCGGAAUUUCAACAAGCCCACCACUUCCCCUGGAGAAGGAUUUCAAGGCUUUUGCUGACAGCGCCACUGAGGGAUUGGUGGUCAUCACAUUCGGUGGAACCAUCGGCUUCCUUCCCGUGGAUUAUGUGAACAGGAUCGUCCAGGCCGUCGAGAAGGUCAAAUACAAGGUAGUUUUCAGGCAAAAAACGAAACCAACUGUAAAAGUGCCUGCAAACUUAAAGAUUGUUGACUGGAUGCCUCAGAAUGACUUAUUGGCUCACCCGAACACCAAAGUCUUUGUCACUCAUUGCGGCAGCAACGGCCAGCACGAGGCAGUGAACCACGGGGUCCCGAUGCUAGGGCUCCCGGUACACGGUGACCAAAUCUACAAUGCUGCAAGGUUCACUGCCAAGGGCUACGGAAGACACCUACCAGUCGCAACCGUCAGCCCAGAGGAGCUAGCAGCCGCUAUUGAGGAUAUUGCAACCAAUCCAAAGUACCGCGCCAACAUUCAGAAGGCUUCCAAGAUCUUCAAGUCCCGUCCAAUGGCACCUCGAGAGAGGGCAGCGUACUGGAUCGAACACGUUAUGGAACACGGCUCGGAUCAUCUUCAGGCUUACACGAAUCAGUUGGCCUGGUACCAGAUUCUCCUGCUGGAUGUCAUGGCUUUCAUACUCGUGGUCGUGUUGUUAGUUUGUUUCAUCAUUUACAAGUGUGUGAGGUUUACAUACAGAAGAUGCUCUGGGACAUUACGAAAGGAAAAGGUAAACUAAGGCAAAAUAAAGUCGUCCAGAAAAGUCCGUAUAGUUAUGCGAGUUAAACGUAAUGCAUGUAGCUGCUUUUCCGCCACUGAUUUCGCACAAACCAUUUUUGAUGUCGCCAGAUAUGUCAUCUACAUGUAGUGUCGUAAAGAUUCUCCAAAGCAGACAUCAUAUUCAAUCAUAUUCUCUCUGCCAGACGGACUGAAAAUGGCCGCGACCACAGAUGUUAAGUCACGUUGGGGAUAAGAUUUAAAAAACGCAUGUCGUUAGAAAAAGCCAGUGUCAACCAAUUGUUCUGAUAUAUCAUUUUAACCAUGACACAAACGUUUGGGUCCCUAGAGGCCCUCAAAGUCUUAUAGUAAUGAAAUGGGUCUGGUCGGGGCCAUUCCGAGAUAAUGGCAGUCAAUUAAAGCAGGGGCCGAACCAAGUCAUCGAUAAAUAGAGUUCGAGUCCUGCGCGAGGAGGAUGAUAGGAUGUGCACCAUUUGUAGGGUUGUCACAAAAUGAAUAACUGAGUAAUUUCUACAUAAAACAUUUUAUUCGCUUUAUAUCCUAAUGUAGAGGUAUCAUGUUAUGAUUUACUAAGCUUUUGUUACAUGUAGUUUCAAAAAUAAUGUAACAGUUGUAUUAACAAUGUAUUUCGCGUGUUGUUGAUGAUAAAUAUGAAUGAAGAACAACAUCA